AUGAGUAAUCAAACUUUAUUCGACAUUUAUGGAGAUCAAGGGCUUCCAUUUGGAUUAAUUACCGUUAAUGUGGUUAGAGUUGUUAUUUCUACUAUUGGUGUUUUACUUAAUGCUUCUUUUGUCUUUGUUACAAUUAAAAUUAAGUUUGUACUAGUAAAAAUAUAUGUAUCCUUUAUAUUUUUGUUUAUAACAGUCAUUCAUAGGGUUGAGGCAAACUGCUCGAAUCCCAAACCUGGACUUUUUUCUAUCCAAAAUCCGAAACUCGGCCCGACGAAAAUUUUGUAAAUUUGAUCUGAAACUCGUCCCAUCUUUUUUCUCAACACGUUCUAUCCCUGAUUCACAUUUCCACAAAUUCACU